AUGUAUCGAUUUCUGUUAACAUUUCUCUUCGUGCAAAAGGCCCUCACAUCAUCAUGCGACGCAGAGCCCUUAGUUCUCCAACUUCAAGACGUCCAAGUCCUUCCAGAUGUCGCCAACUCAUUCAUGAAAGGGAUUCCGGCUAAAAUAGGGACACCGCCUCAGAAUCUUGAUCUGAAUAAUACAUGGAUAUACGCCGACCCAUUCUGCAAAGACUCAGGCAUCCCAAACGACGAAUCAUGCAAAGUCCGAAGAGGAGGAAUAUUCAACGAAGAGAAGUCCACGAGUUUCACAGGAGCGAGGGACAUCGUCAAAGCAGGUGGUGCACCAGACGAGACAUUCUUUAAAGGCGGGCAAUACGGAGUUCGGAACCUUGUUGAAAGCGCAAACGGCGCAGUCGACACUUUCAAUCUCGAAGGUUCCGCCGAUCUCGACGACUUUCCCUUUGGCAUACCGACGAGUAAAUGGGAUGAUACAUACAGCACUCUAAGUCCUCUUGGUCUAGGCAGUAAUUCAACGUAUCUCAACGCCUUGCGCAAAGCGGGAAAGAUUGGUUCGCGAGUAUGGUCCAUAUUCUGGGGUCGUAUGUGGAUCAAAGAACCUCUCGACGGAUUGAUGAUACUGGGCGGUUAUGACGAGAAGAAAGUUACUGGUGCUAAUUACACUGCGCCGCUUGUAUAUGGGGAUUUUGAUGGCUCGGAUGGGUGCUGGACUGGCAUGAAGGUGACUUUGACUGAUAUCCAGAUCAAUUAUCUCGGUGGAACGAAUGUCAGCAUCUUUCCCAAGGGGACAACGCUGCAGUGCUGUAUCGAUCCGGCGAAUCAUUUGCUUUUUGAAGCACCGACGCCGUAUAUACGAAAUUUUGAGUCUAUCAGCGGUUUGAAGACGAAUUACUCGUCUAGUGGACUGCACUGGAACGCUCUUCAGACAGGCCUGGAUAAGCAGUUCCUGGCAGACCUGACCUUUCAUCUCGACUCCGGCCUCAAGAUCCGCGUCCCAAACAACCAAUACAUGAUUCCCACCGUCGACAUCGCCUCCAACGGCUCACGAACAACCGAUACCUCCAAACGCGACAUUCUCAUAACAGACAUUGAAGACGAACCGCCCAUCCUCGGCAGAUAUUUCCUCACAGCGGCCUAUCUCAUGGUCAAUCACGAUGCUGGGACUUUUACGCUCUGGCAAGCCAAUGCUACUCGAGAAAGAAGCCCCGUGAGAGUAUUCGAUGAAGAGAUAGGAGAGAAGUGUGAGAACACUACGGGGGUUAUACAGCCCUCUGCAUCUGAGAGUUCAAGAACAGAUAAAGGGGUUGGUUCGAAUUCGGGCUCACCCUCUGGUGCGAUAAUCGGCGGCGCCAUUGUUGACGGAAACGAAAAUCUGGCAAAUACAUACUACUUUUAUCCUGCUCACGAGGAGCUACAGAGAGCGGAUAUAUACGAGAUGGAUGGGAACACAGGAGCCGACGACGAAUCCUACAUGAAAGCUGGAAUUCAGAAGUGA